AUGCACGAUAGGAACACAGGUUCCAGUCUAUGGAUGGGGCCCCAGGUGUUGGACGUGCCACUGACUGUGAAGAUCCGCACAGGCGUCCAGGAGCGUGUGAACCUGGCGCACCGCCUGCUGCCCGAGCUGCGGGACUGGGGUGUGGCACUCGUCACGGUGGGUCUUGGGACGCCUCGGGCAUCAGGGUCUCGGGCCUGGCUCUCUCGGUCUCUUUCUCUCUGCGUCUCACUCUCUGCCUCCUACCCUGCGUGGCGGCUUCUCCCCCAGCUCCACGGCCGCUCUCGGGAGCAGCGCUACACCAAGCUAGCUGACUGGCAGUACAUCGAGGAGUGCGUGAAGGCCGCCAGCCCCAUGCCCCUGUUCGGAAAUGGGGACAUCUUGUCAUUUGAGGAUGCCAACCGCGCCAUGCAGACUGGUGUCGCCGGGAUCAUGAUUGCCCGUGGCGCCCUGCUCAAGCCGUGGCUGUUCACGGAGAUCAAGGAGCAGCGGCACUGGGACAUCUCGUCGUCCGAGCGCCUGGACAUCCUGCGGGACUUUACCAACUACGGCCUGGAGCACUGGGGCUCGGACACGCAGGGUGUGGAGAAGACCCGACGCUUCCUGCUCGAGUGGCUGUCCUUCCUGUGCCGGUACGUGCCCGUGGGGCUGCUGGAACGGCUCCCACAGAGGAUCAACGAGCGGCCGCCCUACUACCUGGGCCGUGACUACCUGGAGACGCUGAUGGCCAGCCAGAAGGCCGCCGACUGGAUCCGCAUCAGUGAGAUGCUCCUUGGACCAGUGCCCCCCAACUUCGUUUUCUUGCCGAAGCACAAGGCCAACGCGUACAAGUAGCCGCAGGCUUUCCCAGGGGCACCGUGGGGCGAGGAGAGUACAAUAAAUUUUAUUCUUUUAAAAUCCA